GUGAGUGAAAUCAGCGCGAGACUCUCGCCGCGCUCGGGCCGGAGCAGCGGAUUCACGCGCCGCGGUUCGUGUGUGUGCGCGCGCUAGAGAGAGACGCGGAGAGCAGUGUGUGAGAGUGACACGGUGCGUGUAUGUGUGUGCGCGAGCGUGUAUGUGUUUACACGCGGAAUGCUGGUCUGAUCCGCGCGCGCGUGAGGAGUGCGGAGGACAGCGCGAGCACAUGAGCGGAGGACAGCGCGCGAGGAAAAAGUCUACAAGUUCAGCACGGAGCAGCUGAAGGUCAUGGAGCUCCGAACUUCUCUCAGCCUGCUGUGUGUGCUGCUUUGCAUGCUGGGAAUCCAGGCCAUCAGCCAACACAGAGACACACCUGAGGAUUACACACCAGGCACACACACACCUGAGGAUUACACACCAGACCUCCCUGUGUUCCCUCACUUCACCACCUGUCGUUCCAGGGAGCAGGAGACGUUCCGCUGUUGGUGGAGCGCCGGGACCUUCUCUAAUCUCAGCGAGCCCGGAGCUCUCGCCGUCUUCUUCCAGAUGAAAACCACGCCGCUCUCUGACUGGCAGGAGUGUCCUGAGUACACAGCCACGGUGGAGAACGAGUGCUACUUCAACAAGACCUUCACGCAGAUCUGGACGUCCUACUGCGUGCAGCUGCGCGCGACUACGCAGAACAUCACCUACGACGAGUACUGCUUCACCGUGGAGAACAUCGUGCACCCUGACCCCCCUGUAGGGCUGAACUGGACGCUGCUGAAUGUGAGCCGUUCGGGGCUGAACUUUGACAUCCUGGUACGUUGGGCUCCGCCUCCAUCUGCAGACGUGCAAACGGGCUGGAUGAGCCUGAAAUAUGAGGUCCAGUACAGGCAAAGGAAUGCCUUCCACUGGGACAAGCUGGAACUGGAGAGCGGGACGCAGCAGUCCAUCUACGGCCUGCAGACCGAUAAAGAGUACGAGGUUCGGGUUCACUGCAAAAUGUCCUCCUUCGAGAACUUCGGCGAGUUCAGCGACAGUAUAUUUGUGCACGUGGCUCCGAUACCCAGCAAAGAGUCGAUGUUCCCGAUGAAGGUGCUGCUGGUUUUCGGGGUGCUGGGUCUGGUGAUCCUCCUCAUGCUCGUCAUCUUCACCCAGCAGCAGAGGUUGAUGGUGAUUUUACUGCCUCCUGUUCCAGCUCCUAAAAUUAAAGGGAUUGAUCCAGAGCUCUUAAAGAAAGGGAAGAUGGACCAGCUGAACUCUCUGCUGAGCAGCCAGCACAUGUACAACCAGGACACCUACCGCGAGGACCCCUGGGUGGAGUUCAUCCAGCUGGACCUGGACGAUGCCGGCGGGAAGAGCGACAGUUCGGACACUCAGCGCCUGCUGGGUCUGACCCGGCCUGGCCUGAAGGGCGACGACGACUCAGGCCGCGCCAGCUGCUACGACCCAGACCUCCUGCCAGACCCCGAGGGCCUUCUGGCGGCCCACUGUGAGAUGGAAGAACGGCACCCACUGGUCAGUGAGAGUGGCCCGUCCACCCCCAGCCCAGAGGCGGCAGACGCUCCCUUCUUUCCAGUCCAGACGCAGCCUGUAGGCCAAAGCUGGAUCAACAUGGACUUCUACGCCCAGGUGAGUGAUGUCACGCCGGCAGGGGGCGUGGUCCUGUCUCCUGGGCAGCAGAGCGACACGCCUGGCAAGAACCCUGCUGAGAAGAAGAAGAAGGGAGAGGAUGCUGGUGACGAGGAGGUGGAGAAGGAGAAGAAGAUGCAGCUGCAGCUCCUGGUGGUGGGUUCGGACGGAGGAUAUUCUCCAGAGGUCGUCGCCAGGCAGGUUGAGUCUAGCGCCCCCUACAGUCCUGCUCCAGAAAACGCCUACCAUGCCCUUCCUCCCGAGCCUGGCGAGGAACCUCAGACCUGGAGUGGUGGGUACUUGGCGGCUGAUGGAGAAGCCCAGACGCCGUACUUCCUACCUGAAGCUCCGCCAGCCUCCAUACUGCCCCCUGUCUCAGACUAUACGGUAGUGCAGGAGGUGGACGGACAGCACAGCCUUCUGCUAAACCCCUCGGCUCCACAAUCACCAGCAUGCCCACCGAACCCCACCAAACACCUGCCCAGCAUGCCAGCCGUGCCCAUGGGGUACCUCACCCCGGAGCUGUUGGAGAACCUCAGCCCGUGAACCUCAGGGCGUUCGCACAGAAGCUAAAGGGCGAUUGCCUAAAUGGUUUUUCGCCAUUGACACACGGCCUUUUCAUCCGCCAUCUGCUGGAACCCAAAGUAGCGCGAUGGAGAGACGCAGAACAGUCGGAUUAUUCCACCCAGGAAUGUGUGUUUGUGUUGGCUUGUUCUGAUGUGCUAGUCUAAUGGGAAACGCUGUAAAUGUGUCUAUUUCUGGCUGGUAUUCAUGCUGUUUGCCGGCACACGUAAGCGGAAAUAUCCCUCAGAAACACUUUGUGCCUGCGCUUAUGCUACGGAAAACACUAGCUAGCCUAAUGAACCAUGUAUUCAUCUUGUGUUUUAGUGAGUUUGGGUUUGGUUAGAUGUCACAGCGCAGUAUGGGAUGUUUUUUCAAGCAGGGAAUAAGUCUAAGAAUGGCCUUUCACCUGUCUAGGUUUGGGCUUAAUCUGAGAAAGGUACAGUUUAAGCCACGCACGGGUUCCAAACGACCCACUUUUGCAUUAGAAUUUAGGGCCUCAGCGGUCCCGAUAAGCUGGAGUGAAAUAUUAGAGAUGGCACGAUACCGAUACUGAUACUGAAACCGACACUGAUACCAAUACUGAGACAAUACUAUUUUCUUUAAAAAUUAAUAAGCUUUAUUUACGUCUGUAAUGUGAAGUUUUUGCACAUAGCUGAAAUAGUAAAGACUCUCAGGCUUUACUUCAUACUUAGCAUUAUGUUCGUUUACGUUACUUCUACUAAUCCUACUUUACGGUACGUGACUUCUACUAAUGCUACUGAGCAUUAUGUUUGUUUAUGUUAUUUUCACUGAUCCCACUUUCAUCCAAUAUUUUAUCCACUUUUCAUACCAAUCCUGCUUUACUUCACUUUGCUAAUUUCUACAUUACUUUUACUAAUCUUACUUUACGUCAAGUUACUUAUACUAAUCCUACUUCACGUUAAUUUCCGUUACCUUUACUAAUCCUACUUUACUUUGCUUAAGUUGCGUUAUUCCUCAAAUCCUACUUUGCUUUGUGUUAUUUCUACUAAUCCUCAUUAACUUCUUUUUACGUAACAUUAUUUCUUCCAAUCCUACUUUGCUUCACUUUACGGUACAUUAUUUCUUCCCUCUUUACUUCACGCUCCUUUACGUUGUUAUUUCUACCAAUCACACUUCAGCUGACGCUACGUUAUUAAUUCUACUCCCCUCUUUAUAUUGCUUUACGUAAUGUUAUUUAUAGUGUUCUUGCUUUGCGUUAUUUCUGCUAAUUACCAUAUUACCACUUUGCUUUACUUUACUUUUUUUCUACUAAUCUUAUUUCACUUAAGUUUACGGUACGUUAUUUCUACUAAUCAGAUUUGAGUUCAAGUUACAUUAUUUAUACUAAUCCUACUUCACUGUGAGGUACGUCCUACUUGGCUUCACUUUACGGUACGUCAUUUGUACUAAUCAUACUUCAGUUUACAUUAUAUUAUUUUUAGUAAUCCUACUUUUCUUUCAGUUACACUAUUUCGCCUAAUCCUACUUCAGUUUACGCUACGUUAUUUCUACUAAUAUUUCAGUUUCAGUUUUUGCUUUGAGUUACACUAUUUCAGCAAAUCCUGCUUUACUUCGCUUUAUGUUGCCGUUUCUGUUAAUCCUACUACAUUAUUACGUUGCUAAUUGUACUAAUCCUGCUAUGUUUACGUUAUUUGUAGUAUUCCUGCUUUAAUGUACUUUACAUCAUAUUAUCUCUGCUAACUAACUGUACUUCACUUCACGUUACAGUAUUACUUCUAAUCCCACUUUGCUUUUACUUUAUUUCUGCUAAUCCCACUUUACUUCGGUUUACGUUAUUAUUUCAGAAUUUCGGAAUUUGUUUUUUUUCCCUCCGGUAUCCAGUAUGUGGUAUCGAAUCGUUGCCAUCUCUGUGAAAUAUGAAUCUCUACACUUUCACUGUGAAGGAAAACACUAUUGCUUCGAAUCAGAGUUGCUGGGAACAUCCAGUUCCAGCCAAACGGACAGGAUUCGGCCCAUCCGGAGAUCCAGAUGAGUCAUCUCCGUAACACGGCGAUAUUUCUCUCUGACUCCGGCCUCGAUCCUGUCAGAGAGUCCGAUUUAUUGGAGCGAUUCUUUUUUACAGCAUAGCAGCCACGCGGCACAUUUUCAAUUUCCCUGCAUCAGCCAGAUUGUGUGUGUGGGUUGUUGGGGAUGGGGGGGCAGCGGGUCGAUGCUGGAGCUGUUUGCUAAUUGAAAAGGACAGAAACUGAUUUUAUACAGAAGCCAAAAAACCAUUGCGGCUCAGGGGCGGUCAGGAACGUUUGCUUAACCGAGUGAUGUUUGGGGAAAUUUAUAUAUAUACAUAUGUGCAUGUUCAUGCAUUUAUAGCCAUGGGUUCUAGAUAUCUAAGCCUUUAUACUAAAGCCUCUUGUCUUAAUGAACUGUGCUUAAGCCUUGCCUUGUUUGAGUCACUACACACAGAAGAAAACGUGGACUGAAAGGAUUUUGUCUUACAGCUCUCACAACCUUUCUACACAUGUAGCAGUUUUAUAACGAUGAAGUAACGGUCAUCGUUGCGGUGAUGACGGUUCAGAGCUGGACGCUCGCUCCCGAUCAUAUGCACAGUGUUUAAUGUUGUUAAUGUUGUUGAAUGUUGUUUAAUGUUGUUGGCACAGCCAUGUUCACCAAUCAGCUGCUUUUUUACAGGGAAAAUCAAACAAAUCAUGCAUUAUUUUUUUAAUCAGAGCAGGAAUAAUAACUGGAAACCAGGAGUGCUUUAAUCUUCUCCGUUUAAAACACACUUCAAAAAGUACAGGUGCCUUUCAAAUGGUUCACUAUAGAGAUGUCUUUACAGCGGUGGUGAUGGGAGCCAGGGGUCGCCAUGACUACAACACAAAUAUAGUCAUUUUAUUUACUAUCCAGAACCACCAGUGAACCUACACGAGUCUCCUGAGUUUAUAUGUAUAUAUUUAUAGAUAUUUUUACUUGUUUUAAGUAAUUUUAUCAAGUAAAUUUUCUCACUAAAACAAGCAAAAUUAGUCUCCAGUGUAGUUAAAUCGAGUUAAAAAUGUCUCAAAAUAAGUUAAAUGAUCUCAUAAUAAGCUAAACAAUCUCAUCAUUAGAGAUUUUACACAUAUUGACUAGAUUUGUGAUACUUUUGCUUAGAUAUCUGCAUGUUUUAAAACCAAAAUCUUUUCAAAUCUGUCAUAAAACAGUGUCUCAGUCAUCAGGCAGUGAAUUCAUAGCCAUUUCAUGUAGUAACUUUCUGUGAGGGAGCUUUUAGAGGUGGAUGUCUGGUUCCUAUCACCACCACUGUGAACAGCUCUGACUCUAGAACGGAGCGUUUCACACCAAACCACUCUGAACCGCUCUGUUUAUUUAAUUAUGCAGAAAUCUUUAACAAAAAUCAUUUAAAGAACCUCCACAUAGUGAAAGGUUCCACAAAGCCAAGAACCUUUGAGGUACCUUUGUAUUUUAGAGUGGAGUUAAUAGAACAGGUCCGUCUGUUUUAACACCCACAGUCGGCGCCGUGCGAACGUGAGACCAGAGAAACGCUCGAUUUUGACGGCUGAUGUAAACGUAUGUACAGAGACAGUGUUUUCACUGGGAAGUGUUUGUGUGCUUUGUGACUGUUCCUCGAUGUUCUGAUGUUCCGAGUUUGGGCAGGAGGUCAGGAGGACGAUGGGAAACGUGCUGGACCAAACGGUCACAGCUUUGGUUCUGAUGCUUGAAUAUUGGGUCCUGUGUUGUGUUGAAUGUCUGUACUAGCUGUGAGUGUUUACAGCAGCGCAUAAAUCAAGUGUACUUAAAAUACGUCAUUUUUGCUUUGCACUGAAAUACGUAAUGCACUAAAUUUAAUGAGUCAAACGUGGACAUUGUCUGAUAGAGACAGUCAACCUUAAAGAGCCCUACAGUUUUCUUAUAUUUUAUUUUCAUCGCUUUCAGACAUUUCUGUGCUUUUAAGUAUCAAAAACAGUCAUAUUUCAUUUCUACAUGACCAUUUUACAACCUCUUUUUAUCCCUUACAAAUGAACAGGCUGUGCCUUUAAGAUUGAUAUAUGUAAAUGAGCUCUGUUUUGAUUGAAUGCCUCAUUCAAAAAGCAGUUCAGGCCUUCUAUAUAACUUCAGCUUGAAACGGUGGGGCCAAACCACAAUCCAUUCAGCCUACAGCAGUGUAGCCCCACCCAUUCAGCCUAUAGCAGUUUAGCCCCGCCCAUUCAGUCUACAGCAGUUUAGCCCCACCCAUUCAGCCUACAGCAGUGUAGCCCCACCCAUUCAGCCUACAGCAG